AUGGGCACAAAGGAAAAUGUGGAAAAUAAUGUUACAUGGCCUCAAUGGAUUGCUGGCAUUGGUGUUGGUCUUCAAUUAAUGCAAAUAGGAUUAGUGGCAGGAUGGUCAUCCCCCUACGUAGCACAAUUAUUAUCAAAUGAAUCGAUCAUAUUGAUAACAACGCAAGAAGCAUCUAUGAUCGUUUCGUUUUUGAACGUUGGACGAAUAAUUGGUGGAAUUCUUGGUGCAGUUUUUGUUACAUACCUAGGCAGUAGAAAAACAAUAUUAUUUUGUAGUGUACCCAUAUCAUUGUGUUGGAUUUUUAUAAUAGUAGCUGAUAACGUCAUUUGGUUAUAUUUGGCAAGAUUUUUCGGUGGAUUCUAUUUGGGAAUGUGUUAUACUUGUUUCUCCCUGUAUUUAGGUGAAAUUGCCGAUUCGAAUAUACGAGGUGCAUUGGUAUUAGUUGGUAUGACCGGUAUGUCAUGUGGUUUUUUGUUAAUCUCUACUAUGGGUACUUAUUUAUCAUUGAUAUUAUCGUCCGCCAUUAAUCUAAUUUUUAGUACUAUUCUAAUGCUAUUAUUUAUUUGGUUACCGGACACUCCUCAUCAUUUGAUGCAAAAAAAGUACUUUGACAAAGUUAAAAACUCGAUUCUAUGGUAUCACCGUAAUUGUAACGCCGACGUAGAAUAUUCUAAUUUGAAACAAUUUAUCGAAUCUUCCUACAGCGAGUCUACAUGGCAAACCCUUCAAAAGUUUAAGAUACCACAAAUGAGGAAAGCUUUGAUAAUAACCAACGUUUUAUUUUUCUACACUCAAUCCUGCGGUAUCAAUUCCUUAGUGUUUUAUAUGGAAAUUAUAUUGAAAAGUGCUAAAGUGACUGUGAUCAAGCCAUCAUUAAUCGUUAUAAUAAUUGCGAUAUUUGGUAUAUUCGGUUGUUUGUUAUCGAUAAGACUGAUCGAUUAUUAUGGAAGAAAAUUUCUAUUGUAUGUCUCAAGUUUGAUAAUUGCGAUAUCAUUGACAGCAUUGGGAGUACAUUUUGAACUUUUGGAAUCAAAUAUUGAUCCAAGUAAAAUCCAAUGGAUACCAAUAGCUGCCUUUAGUUUGUUUCAAAUCGCUGUAUUCGCUGGAUUAUUACCUGUACCUAGUGCUAUAGUAGGCGAAAUUUUUCCACCUGAUAUAAAAUGCGUAGCCGCGAGUAUUUGCAGUAUCAAUGCAGCCAUAUUUGCAUUUAUAUCAUCCUCGACUUAUCAAGUCUUCGUAGAUUUGAUCACCGAAAAGUUUACUUAUUGGAUGUACGCGAUAAUAGUAAUUACUGUGAUACCAAUUACGAUGAUCUUUUUGCCGGAAACUAAAGGGAAAACGUUGCAAGAAAUUCAAGAUGAAUUGAUGAGUAAAAGAUUGAAAGGAGAAAAGAAAAUCAAUGUCCUACCAGUCCAGAAGCCCAUACUCGUAGAACUAGCAAUCGCAUUAGAGCUAUCUGCGAGCAAACCAAGUUAA